ACCUUUGAGAGAGGGCGUUUAUUAUAGCAUGCUUGAGAGUUGCUGUAAACGAAUGAAGAUAAUUAGGGUUAGGGUAGAGUUAUUGAAUCGUAAUAGAAAAUAGUACUUAACAGUAACGUGAAGAUGUUAUAUCUGAGAAACGUUUAAAUUCACCGUGUAAAGAUAAAUGUGUUAUUAAAUACGUAUUAUAAUUUGUUGGAAAAGACUAUAAAGUUCAGAUUUCAAACGUUAAAUUAGGUUCAGUAAAAGUAAAACAUUCGCGAACACCUUGCAAUUGCUUUCUCUUGAUUGUGAACCAAAAAUUACUAUUUUAUCUCUUAUAUUACGUUUUUUUCACUAUUUCGAAUUCAGAGAACUCUUAGAAUGUAUAAAUGAUUAGAUUCGGAAUCUGAAUUAUGAUUAUUGACGUCGUUAUACCUGAAGAGUAUACAAAUUAAUAGUAGAUUAUAUAUGUACAAGACAUUUGACAAUGAAUGCCUAUUUUCGUUACUAUAUUCAGCAUGCAAAGUGCUGCUGCAGUUUAUUUACUGUUAUUUGCAGACGUGCAAGUAAUGUCAGGCAAGUUCAGAGAAGUCUUUGCCCAAACAGUAGGAAAUUUCAGUAUCUUACAUUGAAUACUGUUGCCUCCAGAAAGUUUCACACAACUAGUUUAUGUCAAAAAAGGGAUUAUUAUGAAGUACUUGGAGUUGCACGUAAUGCUAGUCAGAAGGACAUUAAAAAGUCUUAUUACCAAUUAGCUAAAAAGUUCCAUCCAGACACGAACAGAGGAGACUCUGAGGCAGCAAAGAAAUUCCAAGAAGUCUCAGAAGCUUAUGAAGUUCUUAGUGAUGAUAACAAAAGAAAACAGUACGACCAGUUUGGGACAACAACAGAUUUUGGUUCAGCUGGAGGUCCUGGUGCAACUGGGUUUCAAGGAUUUCAGUCAACCAUUGACCCUGAAGAGCUUUUUCGUAAAAUAUUUGGGGAUCUGGGAAUCAAAACAGGAUUUUCUAAUUUUGAUUUUGCAGAAUCCCAGUUUGGAUUUGGAGGAUCACAAGAGGUUUUAUAAUAUAUUUUUUCUCUGUUACUUUGUAGGGCUUUUUCUCUGAUCUCUUUGUUAGUUGGCAAAUCAGAAAAAAACUAUCAUUAGAACGACUCUGAAAUUUGAAACUUUAUUUUUUAUUUGUUAUCAUUACCUUUCUUUACUUUUAGGCCAGAGAUUCAGAUGUUUAACAAAGAAUUUUGUAACUAAAGAAAACCUAAUUUGAUUUUUGUCCCAGAUCUAUGUUUUGUUUAAACAGAUGCAGCUUGUGUAAAAGGAUACAUUUUUAAUUUGUGUACAUCAAGUGGCAUAGUGUUAGAGAUAUAUCAUUUGUAUAUGUUGGACUUUCACACUUCCCUUAGUUUCUCUUCUUGGAUCAUUCCAUCGCUUACAAUGUCUCUUCCCUUGUUUUCUGACAUGUUGGACUAUGUUACCUCUACAGUGUCUCCUCGAUUCUGUUGUUACUUAGUUACCAUUAAUGCUCUCUUGUAUAUAAAUAAGAUACACAGACGUACAGAACACCCACGUUAAUGCUGUCUUGUAUAUAAAUCACAUACACAGAUGUACAAAACACCCACAUUAAUACACAGAUGUACAAAACACCCACAUUAAUGCUGUCUUGUAUAUAAAUCAAAUUCACAGACGUACAAAACACCCACAUUAAUACACAGA